AUGGUACUUUACUUGGUCUUUCUGUUUAUGUUCGGCUCCGUACUGACCCACUCACUCUUGGCUACCACCCGCUUUAUGCCAAGCUCUGUUGCUCACUGUCCUGCUCCAUCUACGGUUUUACGGUGUCAAAGGAGUGUGCUCGACAGAUAUUGA